GUGCGGCGCGGCCGCGAGCGCUCGUCCUGCCCGCCCAGCGCCAGUGCAGGGCGGCCGGGACGGCCCCGCCAGCCAACAUGAAGGUGGAGCUGCUGCCCGCGCUCACUGACAACUACAUGUACCUGCUCAUCGACGAGGAGACCCGGGAGGCUGCCAUCGUGGACCCCGUGCAGCCCCAGAAGGUCUUGGAUGCGGUCAAGAAGCACGGCGUGAAGCUGACCACCGUCCUGACCACGCACCAUCACUGGGACCAUGCUGGAGGAAAUGAAAAGCUCGUGAAGAUGGAGUCGGGGCUGCGUGUGUACGGGGGCGACAGCCGCGUGGGCGCGCUCACGCAGAAGGUGUCACACCUGACAUCCCUCAAGGUGGGAUCUCUUAAUGUGAAAUGCCUCUGUACUCCAUGUCACACUUCUGGACACAUCUGUUAUUAUGUGACUAAGCCAAAUAGCUCCGAGCCACCUGCAGUUUUUACAGGUGACACGCUCUUCGUGGCCGGCUGCGGCAAGUUCUUCGAGGGAACCCCGGAGGAGAUGUACAGAGCCCUGAUUGAGGUCUUGGGCACCUUGGCACCUGAAACGAGAGUUUACUGCGGUCACGAAUACACCAUCAACAAUCUCAAAUUUGCACGACAUGUUGAGCCCGAUAAUGUCGCUAUCCGAGACAAGCUUGCAUGGGCCAAGGCCAAAUACGACAGCGGGGAGCCGACCAUACCCUCCACGAUCGCGGAGGAGUUCACCUACAACCCCUUCAUGCGAGUGAGGGAGAAGACAGUUCAGCAGCACGUCGGGGAGACCGAUCCCAUCCGAACCAUGGGAGCCAUCAGGAAAGAGAAGGAUAACUUCCGUGUCCCCAAGGACUGAGCGCUCUGCCUCAAUCACUUUAAUGUCAGCUCAAUUGUAAGCUAGGCUAUUCAGAUGUUUUAGGAGUUAAGCAUUCUGUUGUGAUUAGGACAGCCAUAUUUAGGUUUUUAUUUUAUUUUAAUUAAGGAAAAAAAGCACUUUGCCCUUGUUGAGAUGUUCUACAGCAUAUUUAUAUGAUGAAGAAUAUUUAUCCCUCUAUAUAUCCCUCUCAACCUGUCACAUGUCACAGACAUCAGAUCAUUUUGCAAGUGUCGGUAUGUGGCUCGGAAGCCAGGGUAGGGAAGAGUCAAAUCUUGAAGUCUAAGGGAAAAAAAAGCUUGUUAUUUUUGUAGGAGCCUGCUGUGAAUGUGGGCAGUGGGACUAGAGCCCAGGAUGUCUUCAUUUAAAAUAGACAAAAUGCACAUAACUUCAAUCGCCAGCUGAAGAUUUAAAUUUCUCUCUGCUGCUAAUUCAACUUUCCUGUCACUGUUGUCUUCACUAGAGCCGCUUGCCGGUGACAGAUCUGCUCUGCGCUGCCACCAGUUUGGGCCUUAGUCUCUUAGUCUCUAGCCAUGCUGUGCGGCCUGUGGCAUGGCAGGGCUGUCCGGCUGUUCCCCA